AUGAGUUCCGGCAACUCACUACUCCCACGCGGUGGGUAUGAGCUCACCCCAGAGCAGCAGGCUCUCAAGGACAUCGCCGAAACCACAAACGGUAACCUCGCCAAGUACCUCAUGAUCGUCUGCGGCUCUGUAUCACUUGCCGUUGUUAUCUGGAAAGUCUGCGAACGCAUCAUUCGACUCACCCGACAUGUUUCUUGCCUCAACAAUGACAAGCAACGCUACUUCGCCAUCCCUUCACAGAGGUUCGCGUCCCUCAAGCGUAACCUUCUCUAUGCCCCCGUCUUCAGCAAGCGACACAACCGCGAAAUCCAGAUCAGCAAGGCCAUCAACGUUGGUACACUGCCCACCAGAUUUCAACUACUUUUCCUUAUUGCCUACUUCGCCUCCAAUAUCGUUUGGUGUGUCAUCGACAUCGACUAUUCCGCCGACAUGAGCGCUGCCUGUGGUGUCAUUCGCAACCCUGCGUUUCACGCGGCGUGGCUUUUCUUGGCAAACGUUGAAUACCCGUCGCUAACACAAUUCAAGGUUCCCCUGUUCUUACUGGCUGGACGAAACAAUCCUCUGAUCCCUCUGUUGAACAUCUCCUUUGACACAUACAACCUCCUCCACCGAUGGUUUGGUCGCAUUGUUGUUCUCGAGGCACUUGCCCAUACCAUUUCUCACUACGGCAAGAAUGGCUGGGUUUUCACUCCUCCUGCAGGCAACUUUAUCUUGCCUGGUUUCAUUGCCUCUAGCCCUCUCCGACACGGCUUUUACGAGGUCUUCAAGGCUCUUCACAUCCUCGCAGCCUGCGCCGCUGUCGUUGGUCUGUACUACCACUUGUCCGCAUCCCCCCAACUGUACAAGUGGCUCUGCUACGUCUAUGGUGUCAUUGUUCUCUGGAGUUUCGACCGAACUUCACGCAUGUGGCGUAUCCUUCGCUCUCACGUCGGAGGAUCGCGAUCCCGCACCAUUGUCGAGGCUCUUCCCGGAAACGCUGUUCGAUUGACGAUGACACUGGCCCGCCCCUGGAAAGCCGCCCCUGGACAGCACGCCUACCUGUACCUACCCGCCAUCAGCUACUGGCAAUCUCACCCCUUCUCUGUCGCCUGGUACGACGGCGUUGAGGACCCUAAGAACGAGAGAUUGGCCAGCACCAACCAGGAUCUGUUGGCUAUGCAGCAGCAGCGAAUUUCAUUCGUCAUUCGAGGCAGGACUGGUAUGACUGACAGCCUCUACAAGAAGGCCGUUUCAGCACCUGGAGGAAGAUUCGAGACCAGCUGCUUUGCCGAGGGUCCCUAUGGUGGCCACCACUCUUUCGACUCUUACGGCACUGUUGUUCUCUUUGCUGGUGGAGUCGGCAUUACUCACCCUGUCCCUUAUAUCAAGCAUCUUGUCGAGGGCUUUUCCGAGGGCACUGUCGCCACCCGAAGAAUCUUGCUGGUCUGGACAAUCCAAACUCCUGAGCACCUCGAGUGGAUUCGCCCCUGGAUGACCGAGAUUCUUGGCAUGGACAAGAGAAGAGAUGUUCUCCGAAUUAUGCUCUUCGUCAGCCAGCCUCGAUCAACAAAGGAGAUCCACAGCCCUUCAUCCACGGUUCAGAUGUUCCCAGGACGUCCCAACAUCAACACUCUCUUGGGUAUGGAGCAAGAGCACCAGGUUGGCGCCAUGGCUGUGACCGUGUGUGGCCCUGGUGCGUUGAGUGAUGAGGUUCGACUGGCCGUGCGAAACCGUCAAGAUCGAUCCCACAUCGACUUCAUUGAGGAGGCGUUCACCUGGUAA